AUGUCGAAUCGCUUCUCGGUCUUCUCCACCCAGUCCGCCGGUUUCUCGGCUGGGCCGAGGCCGACCUCCCAACAUGCGACUCAAGUUUCGACCACCACCUUGCUGAACGCUCUUCAUUCGUUCUAUACCGCUGGCCAGCCCUACCAACUGGAUUCUAGUACUAGUUUGGUAGUCAAUACCUGGGUCACCGCCGCGACUACACUGCCCGAUGGCCGCAACGGUGCCACCAUUGACCGUGACUUGGCCAUUCGUGCCUGGGAACACGCUCGGAGGCGUGCUGAGGAUGGCUGUAUUGCCCUCUGCUCCCUCCACCAGUCGACACCGUCAUUACUAGAGCCUUUCAUCACUGCGCUUCCCAUCUCUACACCGGAAGUCGCCUACACUGCACUCGCAACACUGCGACCAUUCCUCUCUGCAGUCACAUCCUUCAACCCGUCUUAUUCUCUCCACUCAGCUUUAUCAGCCUCAUUUACGUUGACCCUUCAGGGCCAGGUCGUGGGCCUGUCCCUAGCUCUCUCUUCAGCGGGCAUCAAUGUCCGCAAGGGUCUUUUGGAAAUCCCCAACGAGUCUGGUUUCCGUGCCUUUGAUGCUUUCUACUACCUCCUCACCUCCGCAUCCACUCCCGCUGAGCGAGAGUUUCUCGAUCUGAGAGACCCCUCCCACUAUACUCUGCUCAACCGCUCCAACACUUACAGCCCUCCGUCCUAUCUCCCCACUGCUGAUGACACCGCAUCCGCCGAGGAUCUCCGUGCCAAUCUGAAAACUAUUGGUAUUAAGGGUGCUGCCCAGCGAGGCAUGCUCUCCGUUCUCGCAGGUCUGCUCAAGCUGGGAAAUGCCGCCGGCCUUGAGGUCGACCAAGAGGAGCUCGAAGAGGUCUGUGAGGACGUCGGGGGUCUCCUUGGCUUAGACCCCGAAGUCCUGCUGCACAAAUGUUCGACCGACGAACGCGAAAUCUUGAUCAUUGGAAUUUACGAAGCCCUGAUCGACUGGAUUAUUAGUAAAGCCAAUGAAGCCAUCGCUACGGAUAUCCAGGCUCUCCUAGAGAAUGAGUCCAGCAACGGUGGUGCCCCUCAGUGGUCCAACGAAGACACCGUUGGACUCACCAUCAUUGAUAUCCCUCGCCCGGCACUUGGCAAAGCUAUUGCCAUGAGGGGCGUGUUUGAUGACGACCUUGGCAUCAACGCCGAGAUGAAAGAAGACGGCAUCUCUAUCCCUCCAAUCGGCCAGUCCGUCACAACCGAGAUGAACACCGCAGUGGCCCAAGUUGAGCCAGAUCUGGGCAUUAUGAGUGGUUCCGCUGGACGCGAUCGCGAAUAUGAGAACGAUCGACGACAGGGAGUCUUGGAGAAGGUUGGAGUCGAGGCUGAAAGCGAUUCUUUCCUGCGUCAAAUCCUCUUCCCAGUCGACACCGAAGGCAUCGCCGUCGGAAAGCGUGGACGCUUUGAUCUUCCCACAAUUCUUGGUAGCAGCCGUGUUUGGUACCACCUCUCAAUCCAUCCCACCGAUGACCUGCCAGAGCAACUGCAGGCCUCUGCCAACUCUUGGUCUGCAGGUGCCGUGUCGCGUCAGUUGCGCGACUGGCGACUGCCUGAAUGGGCCAACCGUCGCAUCAAGCAACUCGAUUUCACUGCCGACUUUGAUGUUGAGGAGUUCGUCGCUCGGUAUUCCCGCCUUGGCUGCGCCGAAGGCCAGGACGGCGUCGAGAAUUGGGUUCUGGAGAGAGGCUGGAGCAACGGGGACGCGGUUGUUGGUCAACAACGCAUCUGGAUGAGAGAAGGUGCUUGGUGGGAAGCCGAGAGUAUGCUUGAUCUCAAGCCUGAUGAGGCCGCGAACCCCUUCGGAUAUGGUGCUAGAAUGUACGAGCCUGGCAUGACCCCAGACGGUACUCCCAUGGGCGAGUCCACAAACCUCCUCGGCCACGGCGACAUGAUGAUGCACCCGGCGGCCAUGAGCGCGAUGGCCCCCAGUGUCAUGGGCGGCGCCAAAUCAAUUGCCCCCAGUGCUCUCUUAAACCCAAUGGCUGGUGAUUAUGGUCUCGGUCAUAAGGGAGAUGACAACAAGGGUGAUAUCACCUACUACGACCAAUACGGUCGCUACGUUGGUGACGGUGACGUUGAAUUCGGUGAACCAAACCACAUCGAGAAGACACCAAUCACCUUCGGUCGUCGACUGUGGGCUGGAUUCGUCUGGGCCAUAACCUUCUGGAUUCCCUCCUUCGUACUCAGGUAUAUUGGCCGCAUGAAGCGCCCGGAUGUUCGCAUGGCCUGGCGAGAGAAGUUGGUCCUCAUGGCUCUGAUUCUGCUCUUCAACGCCAUUGUCUGUUUCUACAUCAUGGCAUUCGGUACUCUGCUCUGUCCCAAUAAGGACAAGGCUUGGAACACAAAGGAGGUUAGCUGGCACACAACAGACGACAACUUUUUUGUCAGUAUCCACGGUCGCGUCUACGAUAUCUCGAAAUUCUGGCGCCAGCAGCACAGUGAUAUCAAAGGCCUACAGGUAACGAGCUCGGUCAUGCAAGAACUCGCUGGUACCAACCUGGAUGCCUAUUUCCCGCCUCCUCUUUCCCAGUAUUGUGGAACCAGCGCCGAUUUGAACAUUGAGUUGGGGAACAAUGACACCACGGCUGUUCUGUACAGUCAGGCGAAGCACAACUGUGGACCUCAGAACUUCCCGCAGACCAGUACUAAGCUCCACAAGUUGACCUGGUAUUCGGACGUCUUCCUUCCAAAGAUUACCGACUACUACAAGGGUGAGCUGGUCUGGACGAAAUCCACUAUCAAGUCACAAGCCAAUGAUGACCAACGAUACUGGGCCAUUGUCAAUGACAAGGUCUAUGAUCUCACGGACUAUUUCUACACCCUCGACCUGAAAAACGAUUUAUCCUCAUACUCCUUCUUGCCCGACUCUGUUACCACGCUCUUCAAGGACUACCCAGGAACCGACAUCACAUCCAAAUGGAAGGAUACAUCUGAGUUCCAGAAUGCUCAGAGGUGUCUCGAUUACGUCUUCUAUAAGGGCAAAACCGAUUUCCGCGAGAGUCCCAGGUGUACUGUUAACAACUGGAUUCUGCUUUCCUUCGCCAUUCUUAUCUGCGCCGUGGUUCUCGUCAAGUUCUUGGCAGCUUUGCAGCUGGGAUCGAAACGUCGGCCUUCACCUCAAGAUAAAUUUGUCAUCUGUUUGGUCCCCGCCUACACCGAGGGUGAAGAUUCUCUUCGCAAGGGACUUGACUCUUUGACUGCGCUGCAAUACGACAACAAGCGGAAGCUGAUCUUCGUCAUCUGCGAUGGUAUGAUCGUUGGUGGUGGAAACGACCGACCGACCCCCAAGAUCGUCCUUGAUAUUCUGGGUGUUGACCCCAAGAUGGACCCUCCGGCACUGCCUUUCCACUCCGUUGGCCAGGGCAUGGAACAACUCAACUAUGCCAAGGUCUACUCUGGUCUCUACGAGUACGAGGGUAACGUUGUCCCUUACAUCGUCGUCGUAAAGGUCGGAAAGGAGUCUGAGCAGCGCAAGUCUAAGCCCGGAAAUCGUGGAAAGCGUGACUCGCAAGUGCUCCUGAUGAAGUUCCUGAACCGUGUGCACCACCGUGCUCCCAUGUCGCCUAUGGAACUUGAAAUCUUCCAUCAAAUCAACAAUAUCAUUGGCGUGGACCCUGAGCUUUACGAGUACUGCUUCAUGGUCGACGCAGAUACUAGUGUCAAGGAGGAUUCGCUGAAUCGAUUGGUGGCUGCUUGUGCGGCGGACGCUAAGAUUGCCGGUAUUUGUGGUGAGACUAGUCUCGCGAACGAAGAGCGCAGUUGGUGGACUAUGAUUCAGGUGUACGAAUACUACAUCUCGCAUCAUUUGUCCAAGGCCUUUGAGUCUCUCUUUGGCAGUGUCACCUGUCUUCCCGGAUGUUUCUGCAUGUACCGUCUUCGCACUGCGGACAAGGGCCGCCCACUCAUUAUUUCGGACAAGGUUAUCAAGGAGUACGCUGAUAAUGAUGUUGAUACGCUCCACAAGAAGAACUUGCUCUCCCUGGGCGAGGAUCGUUUCUUGACCACUCUCAUGACCAAGCACUUCCCUACCAUGCGCUACAAGUUCGUUCCCGAUGCCUAUGCAAGCACAGCUGCUCCCGAGAGCUGGAGUGUGCUUCUCUCCCAGAGACGUCGUUGGAUCAACUCAACUGUCCACAAUUUGGUCGAACUGGCCGCUCUGAAGGAUCUCUGCGGCUUCUGCUGCUUCAGUAUGCGCUUCGUCGUUCUCGUGGAUCUCCUUGGAACGAUCAUUCUUCCGGCUACCUGUGUUUACCUCGGUUAUAUCUUCUACCUGAUCGGCAGUCACACUGGACCCUUCCCGAUGAUUUCGAUUAUCAUGUUAGCCGCUGUAUACGGUCUGCAGAUUAUCAUCUUCAUCGUCAAGCGACAGUGGCAACACAUCGGUUGGAUGGUCAUCUACCUGAUGGCCUUCCCUAUCUAUAGUUUCAUCCUUCCGCUCUAUUCCUUCUGGAAACAAGACGACUUCUCAUGGGGUAACACCCGCGUCGUCAUCGGCGAAAAGGGAGACAAGCGCAUCGUCGCCGUCGCUGGCAAUGAAGAAGCCGACUUCGACCCUCGCAGCAUCCCCCUCCAACGCUGGGACGACUACGCAAUGGCGAACAACCUCCCCGGCCGCCGCGGCGAAAUGGGCGCCAGCCAAGAGAAGAUCUAUUCGAACGGCCGCUACGUGGACGACAUGGGCAUGGAAUUGGACGACAUGCACUCGCAAUAUUCCUCCGUCAAGCCCGCCUCCACCAUCCUAACCGGAUUCCCAGGUGGCCAAGGCCGUCAUGGCAACCCGUACAUGCCACCGCAGUCACCCGCCCCCUUCGUCGGCGGUAAUGUACCCGGCAACCGCAACUCACACAUGUCCAACUUCUCCCGCUACACCGACUUCCCACAGAUGGGCACUGGUGCUCAGAAUCAGCAUCCCGCCGCAGCCUCCAGACACAUGUCCAUGGGCGGUCUGAGCGGCUACCAAGAUGCACCGGGCCACCAGAGCCGUCACAGUCUCGGAUUCAUGCAAAGCCACGAAAACCUCCUCGGUAAUCGGUCCCGCAGUCCCCUAGGCCAAGGCCAAUACCCGCCCUCGCGACCUGCCAGUACUGCCUUUGAUUUCCGUGGCGCUGCCGGCGGUGGCCCCGAUGAGUUGGCUAUUAGUGAAGCAACGCGUUCCUGUCUUGCUGAGGUUGACCUUGAUACCGUCACUAAAAAGCAGGUCCGUGUUCUUGUCGAACAACGAUUGCAAACUACUCUCACCGGCGAAAAGCGUGCUUUCCUUGAUCGCCAGAUCGAUCAUGAAUUGGCUAAUAUGUGA